AUGAGAAAUUAUUUACAACGUAUUGAUAAAGAAAAAAGAAGAGAUUGGAAAGGAUUUUAUGCACGUUCAACACAUCCAGAACAUGAAAUAAAAAAUUACUUAAUUGAUAACAUUCAUAAAAUUUGCCCGGGGUUUAAAUACCUUGUGGAUUUCGAAUGGGAAAUUGAAGAGGGUCAUCCUAACAAAGGAAAAGGAGAUUUGAUUUUUGGAUCAGAUUACAAAACUUAUUUGACAAUUGAAACUAAAUCUCUUCAUACAGGAAGUGGCAAGACUGCUCAAGUUUCUAGACAUAAUGCUAGACGUAGAGUUAAAGAGCAAGCUGAAAGAUAUAACGAAUUUGCUACUAAAAGAUUUGGAGUAGAAGUUGUUGAUACAAAAAGAAUUUUCUUAGUAACUAGUGUUGAUAAUCCUCAUCCAACAAAUAAAUAUUUACGUAGUUCUACAAUAACUCGUGCAAAGGAUCUCAUCGAAUCGAAAAUUGCAAUAAAUAUUUUUGGCAUUAAUUCUAAACCUGAUGAACCAUUUAAUUUGGAUGCAUUUUAUUCUGAACUAUUAACAUUGGAUAAUGAUAUUACCAAUUAUUCUUUUGUGAGCACAUCUAAAGAUUAUGAAAAAAUGGCACUACAAAUUAAGAGUAAAGAAGCACCAAAAAGGUCCACCUUUUCAAUCCCAUUCCGUUUAUUUGAGGAUGAGCUAACAAUUGGUGUUAAAGGAUAUUCAAUGAUAAUUCAAAAAGAUAAACCUACGUAUAAAUAUGUACAUAUGAGGUCUGAGACUGCUCGUGUAGCGGAAAUCAAAACAGAAUGGAUUUGUGCGGAUACAACUCAAAGAUUAAUGAAAGAAGAUAUGAAACUUUAUUAUCCUUAUGAUGAAAUAGCCAAGAUUAAGAGCAUUGAUGAUAAAAAAGGAAUAACACUUCUUGGAUUUAAACCUGCCAGUUAUUUAAAAUUUGAAUAUAAUCUCGAACAUUCAUUGUUUAUUUAUCCUGAUGAAGAGCAAUAUGAGGGCAGCACAAGAACUUUUGCUGCACUACACAAGAAAAUGCUUGAAUUGAAUAAAAUAGCUAUAUGUUUUAUCACUCGUUCCGUUGGACGUCCACCAUCUUACGUUGCACUCAAACCACAAGUAGAAAUAUUAGAUGAAAAUGAGCAACAAAUUGAAUCCCCAGGAUUCCAUUUAAUUAUUUUACCAUCUGCUGAAGAUAUCCGACCUCAUCCUCCUAAUGCAAAAAUUGCCCCUGCACCUGAUGAAUCAGUUAAUUAUAUGAAUCAAAUAAUUGAUAACUUGAUAAUAAAAGAUGGAUAUGACCCUAAUAAAUUUCCAAAUCCACUUUUGGAAAGGUUUUAUCAUGUUCUAAAACAAAUAGCUCUUAAUGAAAGUUUAUCGAUUGAAACUCCUGAUGCAACGAUACCAAAAUAUUCAGUUAUAGAUGAGAAUAUUGGCGAAUUAAUUGAAGAAUUUAAUAAAGUGGCAAGAAAUAUAGAAUCAAAUCAAAUGAACAUGACACCAGAAUCACUAACAGAAUCAGCAUCUUCAUCAUCUCGUCGUAAAUCAUCUACACCAAAGUUAGGUGUAGAAGAAUUAUAUAAACAGGAUAUGUUAAAAAAAGCUACUGUUGCCGAAUUAAAAGCAUAUUUAGAAAGCAAAGGAUUAAGACCACAUGGUAAAAAACCUGAUCUUAUGAAACAAGUUGAAGUAUACCUUGGAUAA